AUGACGAGGCUGCAAGGGGCGGCGCAUGGGAACUGCGCAGCAGAGAGGACGGCUUACCACCAUGCCAGACUCCCUUCCGGAGCGCCGGAGGUGAUCUCGAGGCAUACAGUGAACGUCUCGGACCCUUCAAGGGUGCUGUCUUGGGCCAAAGAAGAGCGGCAGCGGACCUUUAACCAUCUCGUGAAGAGGUACAAAGCGCAGCUGCUCUAUGGUUGCCAGGAACCAAAUUGCAUGACCCCUACGUGUCUUAGCUUUCGCCGUCGAAACACCAAAGCCCCGCUGCGCAGGUUUACAGACCUCAGUGCUAGAACAGUUGCAUGCUAUUUAGCAAGCCAGGAUGACGCGGAGUCGGGCCUCUGCCACUAUCCAUCAGCAGCGGUAUCGACCUCACUUGCCCCGGACGUGGAACGCAAAACCCGACAAUCCAGUUCCUACAUUAACGCGGAAUCCGCUCGCUCACAAUCGCAUCAAAGAAGCAACAGCACCCUUGGGAAUAGGCCAAGGGUGCCUUCCGGUUCACCUCCGACGACGCUAGAUACAGCGCCGGCAGUCCUAGAAAGCAGCUCGAAAACAAGAAAAGAUCCAAAGUCUUUUACCCAGAAUCUCUUUGACACCCUGUCGUUACGAAUGGUGGAAUGGCUACCGCUUAAGCGAACAACAUUCUACGGAGCUAAACCGGCGGAUGAGACGAGCUCUGCUCCAACUUCUUCAUUGCUCGAGAACCAAUCCCCAAGCAACAAGCGUCCCUCGCAUAGCACCGCACCGGCUGACACAGGAAGCUCAGGCUCGAAGUUUAUUUCGUCAUCUAAUCAAUCAACUCCUUCGGUAAAUCAUACUUCUUCAACGCUUGAGGUCAAAGUCCCAGGCCAUCCCGUGAAGCGCCUAUCACUCGAACCUUUGGAAUCACGGAAGCAAUCCCAACGCUCUUCUAUAACCGACGAACGCUCGAAAGGUCAACGAAAGCGAUCCAAGAAUGCAUCAGUCAACAGUACACCCACGGCAGCCGCUAAUACCUCACAAUCUCUCCCAUCCCCACCAGCUUUACGACACAGAUCCCAGAAACAUCGCCGCAUUGCCGAUGGCACAUCCAAAAGCAAUGCGCACGUUUCAUGGGGCGAUCAAAGUACAGUUAGAUGGCCUAAACCCGAGUCCAAUGGUGACUCGCCCACAGAGCCUACAAUAGAUGCAUUCUUUCCUCUUGACCGGCAAGGCUUAGCUCCCGAAUCGAGAACGGAGGAGUCGGACGAGGCACCCCCGGUACAGAGUCUUUCCCAUCUCUCAGAAGAAAUUGUCGAUUCAUUAGAGAAAAUCAUGAUCGAGACAGAGGACGAUAAGCAAGCGUGGAAAUCUGAAAUAUCUCAACUGGAGUCAAUGGGAUACUCUGAGCCAUGGGAAUGGAAAUAUGCUACUCAUCAGCAAAGAUUAGCAUUUCCUUUCAUUGCACAAAGCGUGUUCUACGUACUAGGAAACCCACAACAAUUACUGCUUUCCUUUCGAAGUAGCUCUGACAGCCGGCCUACGUCUUCACGAUUGGACAUUGACUCGCUAGAUGGCACAUUUAGGAAACUGCACCGUAUAUGUCCUUGGGAAACGACCCUUCAUAGUCUGUGGCUCAGCAUGGAAAAGCUCUUUAACCCUCCCGCAGAACUUUCUCUCACUAGGAUGCAACGCCGCCACUCCAAAUCAUCCAGUUUAACUACCCCUACAUCCCCCAGAUUUGAACAUCUGGGCCCAAAUGAUUACAUUACAGAUUCCGAUGCUGCUUCCAUUACCGUUGUCGCGCUGCUGGCCUUAUCAAGCACCAUUCCUCAUACAGACAGACGAACAUGGGAAGCUAUCCGUCAUAUGAGAGCAUCUGGGUCAGUAAUGCCAGACAGCAUGAUGCGAACGUUUUCCAAGCUUCAAACGCAAACUAUAAUUGAAACAUCCGACAGAUUCGAACAUGACCUAGCCCUACGAUUGCUCAAUAGGUUAGCACGCGUUAUUUCGACCCGGCUUGCCUUCCAUGAGGUCUUCAAAACAAAGGCGUCUCAUAUCACCGACUUCACGAGUAAUGAUAAAUGUGAGCUCAUAGAGCAAAUUAUUCUCAUGCUCCGGCAGUUUCAUAAUCCUGGAUCGAGUGGUAGUAGUAACAAGAUAUCACUACCCGGGGACAGAAAGACUACCACGCCCAUGGUAGUGGUAGAGUGGUUGAGGAGUGUUCUCCUGAAAGAAUGGGACGGCAAGCCAGAGCUGUCAAAAGCCAGUGCAGCCGGAGGUGCCUUACAGCUCCUAAGCUUCCUAUACAGGGACCGGACCAAACUGGGGUUGUUGCCAGAGGACUUCCAUACACCUUUUUUUGCGGACCGGCUAGAUCCAAUUGACAUGCCUACCGAGUGGGUAGACCUGCUUUACAACAAUCGAACAAUGCAUUUGCUUUCUUGUUCUUUCAUAUUCCCCCCGUCAGCUUUGGUAACAUACUUUCGAGCAAUAAACCAUGCAACCAUGUCCAAGUCAUUUGAGAAUGCGGUUAUUGCCUCGAAGCAUGUCACUUCUAUGGCAUUUUCUGGCACAAUCUCUGUGGAUGAUAAUCUUGGCCUGCUUGCCAGGCUAAGGACAGGGCUCACCAUGUUUUUUGUCAUCAGCGUUCGGCGAGACCAUGCCUUGGAAGAUGCUCUUAACCAACUAUGGAGGCGAGAAAGGCGGGAGCUCCUACGGCCAUUGAAAGUUCGCAUGGGGAUGGAUGAUGGUGAAGAAGGCGUGGACCAGGGUGGUGUUCAACAAGAGUUUUUUAGAAUUGCGAUGUUAGAAGCCAUGAACCCGGCAUUUGGGAUGUUCACGAUUGAUAGUCGGAGUGGCACAUACUACUUCCAACCUUGUUCCUUCGAGCCUCUCUACAAGUUCGAACUUUUGGGUCUUCUGGUAUCCCUUGCUAUCUACAAUGGCGUGACUUUGCCGGUGGACUUCCCAAUUGCGUUAUAUCGAAGACUUCUCGGACUCAAGGUGAAAACCACAGAUCAUAUUCGAGUUGGCUGGCCUGAGCUUGCCAAGGGCCUGGAUGAAUUAUUGACCUGGGAAGACGGCGACGUGGGAGAUAUCUUUAUGCGGACAUAUGAGUUUAGUUUCAACGCAUUUGGAACUGUUGUCACUGUUGACAUGGAGAGAACCGAUAAAAAUGAACCCUGGCCAGCUCCGGAGAGAUAUGCCCAGUGGGAAAAGACUAAACAAAAGUUAAAUGACCAGCGGGUUGCUACCAGGAGACUUAGCCACCAAAAUGGUCCCGAUUGGAGUAACAGUGUGUCUAUGUUGAAGGAGUACUCUACUGAUUCGCGGCAACACCCUCGAGAUACACAUGUCAUUGGUAUCUUAAAGGGCGCUCCCUCAAGGCUGCCACGACACCAAGUAUCCACAGAGCCACAACCAGAGGCCUCCACCGUGACGAACGCCAAUCGUAGACAAUUUGUGAAAGACUACAUUUUUUGGUUGACUGACAAGUCCGUUCGCCCACAGUAUGAGGCAUUCCAGCGUGGCUUUUUUACCUGCCUGGAUCGCACUGCUUUGUCCAUCUUCAAUCCUGAGGCAUUGAAAACGGUUCUCGAAGGUAUCCAGGAGAUUGACCUGGCAGAACUGCAAAGGCAUGCUCGCUAUGAAGGUGGAUGGGAUGGAAACCACCCAAUAGUCAAAGGGUUUUGGCGCGUCGUCUUACGAUACCCCCUUGAAAAGCGGCGCCGACUUUUGGAAUUCGUUACUGCCAGUGACCGAGUGCCAGUUAAUGGAAUAGGCAGCAUCUUAUUUGUCAUUCAACGCAAUGGCGUGGGCGAUAGCCGGCUACCAACUAGCUUAACUUGCUUCGGCCGGCUUCUACUGCCUGAGUAUACUUCUGCGACAGUACUCGAAGAAAAACUAGAAAGAGCAUUGAAUAAUGCCAGGGGGUUUGGAGUUGCGUGA